CGAGGGCUUCCCGCCUGGCCUGCCGCCUCUGCCGAAGGUCUCCGCGCGCGCGCGCGCCCGUCUCUGAGGGCCGACCGACCGCGGCGCACACGGCGUGCGGCACGCGGGCCACCCCGCGCGGACUCCUGCCCGCGUCGGGGCGGCCGAAUUCUCGCGAGGACGCCAGCGGGAAUUCUCCAUGCGCUCAGAAGGGCUCCCUCGGCUGGAGGGCUCAAAAAGAGAGACGGAACAGGAACAGAGAGGGGCCGGAGGUCUUGAGACAAGGUGCUGCCGCUGCCUUCGCUGCGGGUCUGUGUACAACGCGCGCGGAGCAACACUUAGCCCGCGCGCGAGCCGGAUCUACCACCUACCGCUCCACCGGAGGCCGCUCGAAUAGGGCGGGAGUAAUGAGAUGGGCUCGGAGGGGCGCACUGCAUCGCUGCCCAGCGCGAGGAGCAGCCGCCGGCUGCAGCGAGGUCGGAUCUCGUCGGAGGCCUGGGGGCUCCCGAUCGGGCGGCCCAGCUGCACGCACCCAGCACGGCGCCCUUUCGGCAACCGACAGAGGCGAGGCGGCGCGGGAAAAAGACGGGAGGCGGCGGCGCCGGCCUGUGGACCGGAGCUGUGGCGCUUCGCGGGGGGGGCGACAGGGCAGGAGGGCAGAGGCCCAAGGCUCCGAGGGCUCCGCAGCGCCUCGGCGAUGGCAGGGAGGCGCAGCGCUUCGGCGGGGCGCUCCCCGCCCCGGCAAGGGGCGCCCGCUCGUCGGCGGAGGCCGGCCGGGCGCGGACGGACCAGGGCUCAGCGCACCCCCAGGCCCGGCCAAGUUCGAGCACCUGCGCUACAGUCGGACUUGAUUGCAGAGGACACGCGCGAGGACACGAGAGCCUUCCGGGGGCCGCGCGCUGGGCUG